AUGUUAAAGACCGUUACCAAUGCUGUUCUGUAUUUAGGCAAACAAGAGAUGCCAUUUAGGGGCCAUGAUGAAUCAAGUGACAGCUUGAAUAAAGGUAAUUAUAGGGAAUUGCUUGAAUGUUUUGCUGAACUUGAUUGUUUUUGAACGACGUUUGCAUGAGCGAUUAGCCGAGUCUGGGGGAAGUGGGGAUAGUCGGUUUACUGGUGUAUCCUCUGAUACACAAAAUGACCUUAUUCAUUGUCUUGAUGCUGUCAUUGAAGAUCAGAUUGUACAGGAAUUAAAUACUGCACUUUCCUCCGUGUUCAAGUUGAUGAAACAACAGAUGUGUCAACAAAGGAGCAGUUAAGUAUAAUUGUCCGAUUAGACAGUGGCAGUGAUAUUGUUGAAAGAUUUUUAAAAUUUGUUGAUGUAAGUACUGAUAGAACUGCUGCCACUUUAACUGGGGUUAUUAAAGGUAUUUUAGAUCAGUAUACUGGUAUUACUAACAACAAAUUAAUUAUGCAAACAUAUGAUGGUGCUUCAGUCAUGUCUGGUCAUAUCGGUGGUGUUGAGACACUAAUGCGUCAACAGUAUCCUUUUGCUUACUUUGUUCAUUGUGCAGCCCAUAGGUUGAAUCUGGUUUAA